CGUGUCUCGUUUCUGGCUGUGAGUGAGUGUGACACGGGGGUCCCACACGGGUCAGCCGCGGCCAGUGACACACCUAUGGCAGUGGGGAGCUACGGGCGGUGGUGUGCAGUGCUCCGAGGGCUCCCAGAUUAUGACUUGUUUACAUGAAGUGUCACAGCCACAAGUUACCGAGAAAUGACGCAGGCGAGGCGCCACUGGAGUGUUUACUAUCGCCCGUCCAAACAAAAUAACACACCUUGUCGGCAAGUGUUGCCAUGAGGUCUGGUCUCGCCCCCUGACGUCACUAUGAGUCCAGUGUAGCGCUUAGUUACCCAGGGCGUUGCACGAGGCAGAGGAAGUGUUACCAUCGAGCUGUGCAGACAAGGCCAGUGGGAAAAAGGCUGUGAGCGCAAGCCAUAAUGAUAAAAUUAAGAGAACGUAAGAUACACAGGUUCCGUAUUGUGUUAUAACAAACUGACAUCGCGAGUGGGCGAGAAAGCCAUUGGGCGCAAGUUGGUUGUUUAUUGGUGUGGUGAGAGGAGCUGACUCGGGUUGAUGAUGGUGGUGACAUUUACAUCUGAACUGAAGUGGGCAAUGGGUGAGCGGUCAUACGUCCCAUGACGGUGAAGCUCAUGCCUGUCAGCGGCUAUAGGACACCUCAGCCCGUGCCGCGCCACCGGUCUGCCCCAAGGCGACAUGCUUAAGCAUUCGGGGGGGACAGACGCCGCGAUGUGCGUCCCGGACGACCGUCCACGUAAGAAACUGUCCUUCCGGGAACCAGAAGUUGUUACUCCGUCCAGGAACGGCGGCCACACGUCUUCUCGCCGUCCUCCUGACAGUACAACUCAGCCUCCCCAUUCCGUGCUGCACCAUCCGUCCCAUGAUCAUUCGGGCCAACACCAUCAAUCUGGCGACCAGCCCCCCUCACACCACCACCCACACACGGCAAGACAGGGCUUUGGCCGCCCUCACAGUAUAGCUGGCAUCGUGGGUUUGGGUGGCUUCAGUGCCCUGGGCGGCGUACCGGGGGUCGCGAAUAUGAUUCCCACCGCGGUGUCCCAGGGUGUUACCUCGUCUGGAACUGUGUCCGGCGUAACCUCGAUGCUCGGCAAUCCCGGUCUUCUCUCUCACCCGAGCAUUUUGGCUGGGGCACCGACACCUAUAUUAACUCCACCCACCAGUCCCACCCAUGCAGCGAGCAGCCAGCUUGCCUCACCACUACGCCAGGGAUCCGCCAGCCAGCAGUCAACACCCACCAGUAAGACAGUGCCCACUCAGGUCUCCACAUCCUCGGCCAAGGCAUCUUCAACUCAAGAAUCUCCAUCGACCUCGAAAGACGCCGCUAACCAACCACCUUCAUCCGAGGCCAAAAUGUCUGCUGCUCACCAUCCUACCUCACCUACCUUAAAAUCUUCCUCCAACCCGCUGGCUGCCUCGUCAUCCAAGACACCUGUCAGUCCGCCGCCCCAGCGCCACGGGAGAGCCGUGUCGCUGCAACCCAGUCCAGGGAGGUCCUUGCCCCCCAGUGGCAGCAAGGGUACCACAGGCCACACCAAACCGACCAAGCCUGCAUCCCGCAACAGCUCACUAAAGAAACAAAGAUCAUCACCAGUCCAGCAGGCCGUGACUUUCCUUACAGAGCAUGGAAUAGUUAAUGGCCGGCAGAGAAGCCAGUCCAAUGCAGCGGCCAAUGCUCUUAGCAUCGAGGACAUUGAUUUAGAGAGCCAGGCAAUGAGAGUGGUAAGAACAGUGGGGCAAGCGUUCGAGGUGUGUCACAAGAUCUCCGUGAAGGACACGCCGCAGUCUCAGGAUUCCGCUGAAGACGAAACGAGCGAGCAGGGCUCAGACGCGUCCACAGAGAAGUUGAAGAAAGAUCUACUGGACACAGAGAGCACCCAGGAGGACCUAGUCACCCUCACUCCCUCGGACUCUGUAAACGAAGAUUCCGUGGAGCACCUGCUACAGCGACCCAACAAACUGGAGCCCCUGGCGCCCCCUGCUGGCUCAGACAUCUUCCUCAAAGGUGCUGGGGAAACCUACACAUCUCCCCUUAGUGAACCUCUGCCAUCAGGUGACUCUUUACCCAUGGCUGGCACUCCACUCUCAGUGCACCAUGAGCUACAGCUGCUGAGAGAACAGCUUGAGCAACAGCAGCAACAGACUCAGGCAGCAGUGUCUCAGGUUCACUUGUUGAGGGAUCAGCUGGCAGCUGAGACAGCAGCCAGGCUAGAGGCCCAGGCUCGAACUCACCAACUACUGGUGCACAACAAGGAGCUCCUGGAACACAUCCAGGCAUUGGUGUUGCAGGUUCGGGAAAUGGAGCUGAAGAUGAGUGGGAGUGGUGGUGGCAUGCCAACCACACAGCUUCUUCCUUCACCUCCAGAGAUAAAAUCUCAGCUCUUGGUGACCGAUGCCAGCCCUGGCCACAGUAGCCAGUUAGCUGCAGCGUUGGAUCUUGGGGGUACAGCAUCCCUCCUCUUCCACUCCUCUGAACUACCACCCACACCCUCCCCAAGUAUAGCUCACCAUCAGUUCCUCUUCCCAACCCCAUCUCCCCCAAUCCACUCGGCAUCUUCCCCCUCUGACGGGCUGCCUAGUGGGCUUAACCAAGAAUCUAGUACUGUUCCUCACUCUAAUGAAACCUUGGCCCGUUCAGUCUCUGUGGGGCCACUAAUACACCCUUUACCUUUGUGGGGAGGUGAUGCAAACAAUGCUGGGGAAGUAACCCUGGCUGUGCCCCAACAGGAACCUUCUAUGAAUUCCAAGCUGCAAGGAGUCCCUCGACCUCGAUUAGCUCAGCGUCCUGAGGAAUGCAGCAGCACCCCCUCCCUCAGCAGUGAGAGUGACCUCAAACGGGACAGCAGCGGCCAGUCCUCAGGGGAGAGUGUUACCCAGGCUGUGGCACAGCUCUAUGCUUUAGAGCCUCAUCGUCUGGCCCAAGUGCCAGAAGAUGCCGUCACUCUAGGUCCCUAUGGACCAACUCCCCUUGGUACUCCCCGCAAUCUGAAUGGACCCAUCACGCGCACUGCCAGUGAGCGAGUCUCCCGGCAGGAGACGCUGGCUCAGCUGCAGCGCAUGGCAUGGGCUAGGCAUACAACAAAGUGAAAAUAGGAACUAUUGAAGUCAGUGAAAACUUCCAAAGUUUAGAAGUAAUUACAUUAUAUAGUUAAGUGUAAAUUCCUCCCCAAGUAAUGUAGAUUUUUAAAUGGACCUUAAAAAUGCAUUCUUAAAAGAUGUUCUUGCUGAACAUGAAGUCUAUUUUCUAUUGCCCUGUGUUAAGUUUGUAAUAGGUCCUCAAAAAUUUAUAAAGAAAUGUUUGCAUCAGAGUAUUUCACUCCAUAGGGGACAGAAAGGACAUAUGUACGGGUGUACAAGUGGGAAUGUGAUGUGCAUGAAUGAACAGUGACCAGCUGAAGCUUCACCCUCAAAACCUGUGAUAUAGUUGAGUGUCCCUUGUGUGUUAUCUCAUUUCAUUUUAUCACUCUUAUUCUUAUUAUCAUUAUUGUUAUUAUUAUUAUUAUCAUUGUUAUUACAUUUUUAUUCUUUCGUCUUAGCUACCCCACCUUAUGGGAAAUCUCAGCAUGGUUUACAAAUAGUUACAUUACUAUUUCUGUUCUUAUUUUAUUAUUAUUAUUAUUAUUAUUAUUAUUAUUAUUAUUAUUAUUAUUAUUAUUAUUAUUAUUAUUAUUUUUAUUAUUAUUAUUAUUAUUAUUAUUGAAAUAAUUUUCAUUACUAUUUUUAACAUUCAGGUGUACAAAGCAAGACUUUGAUAACUAAUAGCCAUGAAGGCUGCCCACUUGGAUGUUGAAUCUCACAACUUCCAAUAAAGUUAGACUACAUCUCGCAGGAUUAAUUUAUACGAAGGAAGCAUUUUGUGCAGUGGCAGCUUGUUCUUUAAUCUUAAAGAGAACUCCAUGUAAUCUAGUUUAAGAUAAAACAAUUGAGUAUUAAUGAAUGUAAUGUCAACAUGCUGUGGGACAUAGUGACAGGGAGUCUGGAGGUGGCUGGCUUAAGCUGGAAGCUCCCAUGGAAGGUGACCUAUGGAUUGUUCAGAGUUGAUGUCAUGAUCAUGCCAUAUCACCAAUGUUUAUAUAGAAGCAUCAAUGUAGGUCACAUCCGAGAGCAUCGUGUAUGUGGCAAAAGUGUACAUCACCAACCUGAACCAUUUCCCAGCUCCAUAUUCCUUUGUAUAUAUUUCCAAACUAGCAUAAGAUACAUGUUCUGUAUAUUUUUAUGUACACUUCAGAGGUAGGCGACAAGACAAAUCAUACCAGUAAAUACACUGUAUGUAGCAUUAAGGAUCUGGAAUCUCAUAUGAUUAGUUCCUUGAAUGUUGUAACCCAUUUUUUAUUAAGUCAUGUAGCUACUCACGUUAUUACAAUUGUGUUAUAUGUCUUUGGUACCACACAUCUUGUCCCUGUUAGGUUAGCACAGAAGUAACUUUCUCCUGAUGUGGUACUACCUUUUAUGUUCCAGUGCCAACAUAGUGCCAAAGUGCUUUGCUGAGACAUACACAAGUGAAGACCAUUAUAUCAUCUUCUGUGUUGUAUUCACUCAUCAGAAGUGCUGUGGUGAAGGCAGUUAUCAGAUUAUUCCCAAUGGCCUUAACAGGACAAAAUACAUCUUUGUGAAAAAUAUGGCUCUAAUUGAAGGAAUAUUAUUGACUGCGACUGAGAACCUUUCUCGGUGAGUUGGUUGAUAGCGCUUCUUGCCAAAAAAAGGUAACAUGGGAUUGGGUGCUGCAUCUUCUUGUGUUUCUGAUGUCAAGAACUUGAUUUAUUUUUUAUUGUUAUUGAUGUAAAGUAGUAAAUUGUAUCCAAAAUCUUAAUAUCUUUUAUUUGCUAAAUACAACUAAAGAUGCAAGUUUACAUUUAUUUUUCACUUGGUUUUAAAGACUGAGAAGCAACCUGUUGCUUAUCUUACAUGAUAAACAUAAUAAUCUUGAUUUAAUAAGAAAUCAUCCUUAUUCAUUGUUUAAUAGAACUGGCUCUUUCUUUCCACAAAUUUGAUAAAAUUGGUAUUCACAAUUAUAAGAUAGAAUUAGAUAGUAAUGAUGUGGAAAAGUAAGCCUAAAACUUGAAUCCAUAUAUCUAGCAAUAUGUGAUGAAUACAAUUAUUACAAACGAUUGGCACGGAGAAGGUAAAAACCAACACACUUUUUAUUUCCACAUCAUUGUGCUGUUGAUGAAAUCAUUAAUGAUGUAAAUCACAAAUUAAUGAGUAGUAAUUUAUAUCAAAGUAGGCCAGAAUUUGUUAUAUAUGUAAUCAUAAAGUGGAAAGAGUGUGAUGUAAUGAAUUUAUGGCUGACAUGCAGGCCUCAAAAAAAAUAAAAUUACAUGUUUAUGUAAUUUCUAGUUUGUGAAAAAGCGAGAAAAUCCAUACAUGAUUCAAACCUGUUGGGCUUCACUGCUAGUCUGCUUGAUCACCCAUGCAAACAUAGAGGCUCAGAAUGCUUGCUUAGGAGUAGUAAUAUCUUUCACACUCCUACUGGUUUAGGAGUGUCUAGAAGAGAUAUUAUAUGUAGUAUAUAAUGGUAUUGGUAGGUAUGUACUUAAGCUUAAUUGUACUUUAAGAGGAAACAUGAAGUCUAGUCUUUAAAGGUAGUGGCUCCAACAUUGUUUCUAUGACUGCACUCAGUUCAUACAGUUUCCCUGAGGUCAGAAUUGGAAUAAAAGUGCUUAGAAUUUGCUCCAAAAUUAUAAAAUCAAGUGCAUAUAUGUACAGAAUAUGUAACCACGAAAACUGGAAGACUGUAAUAUGUACUUAUUUUACUGUUGUGAGUAACUGACUGAGGUAAUAAUUUUAAAUACAGAAUGAGCAUCCAUUUCUGUAACUGUUUCUUAAUGAAGCAGAAGCUUUCUUCAGUCAAGAAUUUAGAGAUAGUAGUAGAUGUUGAAAUCUUAAAAUGGAUAUGAUGAAAAUUCUUCUAACUUCAUUGUAUACAUUUAGAGAAAAAUAAUUUAUUUACAGAGUAGUUAUAACAGAAUCAUUGAGGAAAGUCAGUCAGUCAGUAAGUUUGUAUGUAGAUGUUAAGAAUCUAGACAUCAGCAGGUUCCAGUAUAGUCAAUAACUCUUUUGCAGUGUUCCUUUGCUCUAUCUUGAGUGAUGCUGACGUAAGUAAUUUUUAACUUAAAACUGUUACGUUGAUGAAUAAUUGAGGAACAGCAGUAAAAUUCCUGACUUAUAUGUUUUUUCACAGUAAUGUUUUUGACCAGUGUAUGUACAGUGCGACAAUUAAGAAACUCAUUUUUUGUUUGUGCCUACUAGAUGUACUGUUUUUGUAGAAUUCAUGUUUAUUUUUAAGAUGAUCAGAAGAAUGGGUGCAGGGAAAUGCUUAUGUCUCAUUAUAUUUUAUAUAAUCAUUUCAUAACUUGAAGCUUGAAUAAGGCACUUGUCAUUGAGAUGUCCAGAUAUUCACAUGUAUUGAUUUCCUCUUUCAUCUAUCCUUCAAUGAAAUAAUUUCAGGAAAA